UGCCCUCCCGAUGCACAAUGGUACAGCCAGCAUCUUGCAGCACAAUGGUUGCAAGGUGUCAGUGAGCUGAAGAGUGAAUCAGCAUCAGCCAAUUUUUGCUUAUUGAUUUAGGCUUUUUUUCCCAUCAGUUUUAAUUUAGAUUUUUUUUUCUCAGCGGUUUCCAUCUUCCCUUUCUGGGAUCCCGCAGCCAUGAUCACCGCAUUGCUUCCUGUCGGGAUGUUUUGAACUGGACUGGGUUCGUCAUCAGCUGGCACGGAAUGGUAUUUAUGAGCAGACAUUUCUUAUACAACUGCAGCCAACCAAUCCUGGAUGUGAAGAUAGCCUUUUGUCAGGUGUGUGUCCCUUACAGGGUUUUGGAAAACAAGUGGAUGUGUCAUAUAUUGCCAAGCAUUACAACAUGAGCAAAAGCAAAGUAGACAACCAGUUCUACAGCGUGGAAGUGGGAGACUCCACCUUCACAGUUCUAAAACGCUACCAGAAUUUAAAGCCCAUCGGGUCCGGAGCUCAGGGGAUCGUCUGUGCGGGCUAUGAUGCCGUCCUUGACAGAAACGUGGCCAUCAAGAAGCUGAGUAGACCUUUCCAGAACCAGACGCACGCCAAGAGAGCGUACCGCGAGUUGGUACUAAUGAAAUGUGUCAAUCACAAAAAUAUUAUCAGUCUAUUAAAUGUCUUCACGCCGCAAAAAUCGUUAGAGGAGUUCCAAGAUGUGUACCUAGUGAUGGAGCUGAUGGAUGCCAACCUGUGCCAGGUGAUCCAGAUGGAGCUAGACCACGAGAGAAUGUCUUACCUGCUCUACCAGAUGUUAUGCGGCAUCAAGCACCUACAUUCAGCAGGCAUAAUUCACAGAGAUCUGAAACCAAGCAAUAUAGUGGUGAAGUCUGAUUGCACUCUAAAGAUCCUGGACUUUGGACUAGCUCGGACGGCCGGCACUAGCUUCAUGAUGACCCCUUAUGUGGUGACGAGAUACUACAGAGCACCCGAAGUUAUAUUGGGCAUGGGUUACAAAGAGAACGUGGACAUAUGGUCGGUUGGGUGCAUUAUGGGAGAAAUGGUGCGCCACAAAAUCCUUUUCCCUGGGCGGGACUAUAUCGACCAAUGGAACAAGGUGAUCGAGCAGCUCGGUACACCGUCACCGGAGUUUAUGAAGAAGCUGCAGCCCACUGUGAGGAACUAUGUGGAGAACCGGCCUAAAUACGCCGGCCUCACCUUUCCUAAACUUUUCCCGGAUUGUCUUUUCCCUGCGGACUCCGAGCACAACAAAUUGAAAGCAAGCCAAGCCCGAGAUCUGCUGUCCAAAAUGCUGAUCAUUGACCCUGCCAAACGGAUAUCAGUGGAUGAGGCCUUGCAGCACCCCUACAUCAACGUGUGGUACGAUCCGGCUGAAGUGGAGGCGGCCAGGGAUCUCAUCCAAAUAUCCAUGCCUCCACCUCAAAUCUAUGACAAGCAGCUCGAUGAGAGAGAACACUCCAUUGAUGAGUGGAAAGAGUUGAUCUACAAAGAAGUGAUGAAUUUUGAGGAGAGAACGAAGAAUGGCGUAGUGAAGGGACAACCUUCACCUUCAGGUGCAGCAAUGAACAGCAGCGAGAGCCUCCCUCCGUCCUCGUCCAUCAACGACAUCUCGUCCAUGUCCACCGACCAGACCCUGGCCUCAGACACCGACAGCAGCCUGGAGACCUCGGCGGGACCGCUGGGGUGCUGCAGGUGACUAGCCGCCUGCCUGCGCAACCCCGCCUUCUUCCGCCGCUGAGGAAGACGAAGAACGGCGAGGGGUAGGGGGCGCUAUUGGGAAACAAAAAAAGGGGUUAAACAAUCAAUAGGAGACGACUAAGCCUGCGCGUUGUCAUGCUGAACAAAAAACAGCAGUGGUACGUCAAGAUAUUCUCUAAUGUGGAUGAUCCUCUAGUUGCUUUGCUUAUAUUAGCCCACAUGUAUUGCAAACAAAAAGCGGCUUUGACUUGCAUCUCCUUUAAACGUAAAUGCAUCACAAUCUGGCUGGCUGCUGCUCCCCCUGCGCCCCAUUUCAAAUGGUCGCCCACAAAAAGCAUUUAUACGCUCCCGUCUUUGUCCUAAUCAUGUGACCUCUCUGCUGUAGUUUCUCCAAAACCACCCUUCAAAUGUGUGCGUGUGUUCAAAAACACACCGUCCUGUAAAUAAUGUAAUUGUGUAUAGCUGAAGGGAACACGGAGUGGGACUAACGGCCAGUAUGCUGGAAGCUUCUAAUUUUUCAUUGGAAUUUAUUUUAGUAAUUUUUUUUUUUUUUUUUUUUGACUCUAUUAUGCAAAAAAAAAAGGCAACCUUGAACCACCCCACUGCAUUUUUAGACAUAUAAAUUUGUCAUUUAUUUUGAAAUAAAUAAUAAAACACGACAUACGUAAAAAAUAAAAAGAAUUAAAAAAUCCCAGUAAGAUUAAAUACGUACAGUGCCCUCCAUAAUUAUUGGCACCCCUGGUUAAGAUGUGUUUUUUAGCUUAAAAUAUUUUUUUUUCCCUAAAUAAUAUAGGACCUUAAUGGAAAAAAAGAGAAAAAUCCAACCUUCAAUACAAGUGUAUUUAUACAGUAGGGAAAAAAUCCCACAUAAAGAAAUAAUUAUUCGACAUCAAAUACCCCUGGUGUUCAUACUUUGUACAACCCACUUUUGCCAACAAAACAGCACCUAAUCUUCUAUAAUGUUUCACAAUAUGGGAAAAGACAGAAAGAGGGAUCUUCAGCCAUUCCUCUUUGUAGAAUCUCUCUAAAUCAUCCAGAGACCUGGGUCCUCUCCUCUGUACUUUCCUCUUCAGCUCACCCCACAGAUUUUCAAUGGGGUUGAGGUCUGGGGACUGAGAUGGCCAUGGGAGGGGCUUGAUUUUGUGUCUGGUGAACCAUUUCUGUGUAGAUUUGGCCAUAUGUUUAGGGUCAUUGUCUAGCUGAAAGACCCAGUGAUGACCCAUCUUCAGCUUUCGGGCAGAGGGCAACAGAUUUUGAUUUAAAAUGUCCUGGUAUUUCAAAGCAUUCAUGAUGCCAUGCACCCUAACAAGGUUCUUGGGGCCUUUGGAAGCGAAACAGCCCCACAGCAUCACUGACCCACCCCCAUACUUCACAGUGGGUAUGAGGUGCUUUUCAGCAUGCUCACCUUUCGUGGCACGCCAGACCCACUUAGAGUGUUUGUUGCCAAAAAGCUCAAUCUUGGUCUCAUCUGACCAAAGCGCACGGUCCCAGUUGAAGCCCCAAUACCGCUUGGCGAACUCCAGACGUUUGCGUUUAUGAUUGUGAGUGAGGAAAGGUUUUCUCCAUGCAUGCUCCCCAAACAGCUUGUUGGCGUGUAGACAGCAACUUUCUUUAUGUGGGAUUUUUUCCCCACUGAAUAAAUGCACAAUUUUUUACCAUUAAGGUCCCAUAUUAUUAAGAGAAAAAAAAUAUUAGAAGCUAAAAAACACAUUAUUAUUAUAAAUCCAAUAAUUAUGGAGGGCACCGUAUAUAUAUUUUUUGUGAUUAAAUAUGGUUGACUUAAAAAUGGAACAAAUAAAACUGGAAAAAAAUAAAAAGACCUAAAAUAAUUACAUUUAAAACAACACUACGUAACUUUUCAACCAUUAUAAAAGAUUUCCAUAACAUCUGUGAUGAUAUGUCAACUGAAAACUAGUUGACUGACACCUCUUUUAUAUCUUGAGGGGGUCCGUAUCCCUUUCACCGGCACUAAUUAAGUUUGAGGAAUGUGUCAGGAACUCUGCUGGAACUCUGCCACACAAAAAAACGACAAAUAUGCUGAUUGCUUAACGGCAUACGUCACUUCCCCCUUUCCCCAUUCAUCAUAAAGACUAUGCGAUAAGUCUAUACGAACGCUUUCCCGCGAAUUCUGCAAAGAUGGCAGAGCAACAAAAUAGACAAAAAGUUUUGUCUGAGGAGGAAAAAAAGGGAUGCUACACUGGCCCGGCUUUCGCUCGAUACUUUCGCUUAGCCACACUAAGCCACACAGAUGCUAACCAUCACACAGCUGCUGGAAAUGUAUUUUCAUCCAUCUACAAGCGACCAGGAGAUAAUGAUUUCACAACACUGUGCGAGUGUGUGCUGGUCCUCAUAGGAAACGCAGUCUUCCUUAAGGCAAAACACUAUCGUUUUUGUCCACCGGCGUCGCUAAAAUCAACCAAAACUGAAAAGUUACCUAGUGUUGCUUUAAUUAAAAUGUGUACAGUGUUUUUGUUUUUUUUUUUCAUUGUUGAUGCACCUUGCCAACCGACUCCUGCCAAAUGCUGCACUUGUGCAUGAGUUCACUUAACAUUUGCAGUCACUGUGAAUGUUAAAGCCAACUGUAUAUGGCCCAACACCAUGACAGAUGCUAAUCAAAGUUAAGUCAUUACUCACAAUCGGGCUAAAAUUGCUGUUUUAAAGGACUUUAUGUGGACUUUCCCUCUCAUUUUGGCCUGCCCGUUGAUAGAGCAGAUCAACAGAUAAUCACCACCUUCCAAAGCCUUUGUAAAAUGAAUAAAGGGAACCACAGAUAGAAGGACAUGUAGUUCUUAAAAGAUAAAUCUAAGAUCUUAGUACAAGUUAUUACAAUUUGAUAUUAACACCCCUCUUAAUGGUUUCGCUUCAUUAAAAUUUGUAAAAUUAUUUUAACUAGUAGGUUGCCAUUGUUGUUGACGUCGCAGGGCGGUGACGUCAUAUUGCCACGCUGCGGGAAUUCCACGUGUCACCAAAAAAAAAAAAAAAAAAAAAAAAGUCUCACUCUUUAAUUAUGUAAGGUAAUGAUUUAAAUACACCACAAGAUGUCAAUGCCAUGGUUUAAAUUAGGGAUCACGCCAAUGAGUGUAUUUUGUCCCUUGACUGACGCCUUACUUUGCCUUUAAUCCAUAGUGGGGUGAAAGGCAGAGAGAAAGGAGAGUGGACACAGGCGUUCAGAUUUAUUUGCAUCCGUUUAUUGGCAUAAGCUUCAGCAACUGUUUUACAAUUUUCACACAGCUAAACAACAAUGCAAAGAGAACUGGCAUUCAGAAAUUCACAAUCAAAAUAGAUAUUCAAAAUACACAUAAAACUUAAUCAGACUUUGGUCAAACUCUAAACAUUUUAGCAACUCGUUUAGCACAACAAAUACAUUGGAUGACAAUAUUUAGUUACAAUAUACAAAGUAUAAUGCUGGGAGCCAUUAUCAGAAGUCUUGUAUGUUGUGAAGACAACAUACAAAUGAGGCACAGGGGUCAAUGGACCCGUUAAAAAGGAAACUACAUGUCAGUGAAGAGACAAAAUGGACUCAUUGGCUUUAGCUCUAAUUUAAAACUCGCCAUUGACACCUUGUGGUGUAUUUAAAUCCCUACCUUACAUAGUUAAAGAGUAAAGCGUGGCCACACCAUGUGACGUCACCGCCCUGCGACGUCAACAACAAUGGUUAGCUACUAGUUUCAUUUUGUAUUUUUUAUUUAUUUUUUAUUUUUUUUACAAAUUUUAUUAAAACGAAAACAUUAAGAGGGGUUUAAUACCAAAUUAUUAUAACUCGGAGUACUAAUAUUCAUCUUUGUAGACCUACAUGUCUUUCUAUCCGUGGUACCCUUAAAACAUAAAAUGACAUGUCAUUUUGAGCCAAAAUGAAAACUGCUCCAAUUCUCAAAUUCCAUGUCAUUUACAGUGCAAAAUGUCUUGGGAAACCGUUAGGUCUCUGGAUUGAAUUACAUUUAAUCGGAUAUUUUUAGACUAUUGCUCAGUAUUGUUUCACCUUUUGGGGGGUUGCUGCUAGCUGGCGAAGGCACGUGCCUUUUGCUAGUGAGUGACAAAACUAGAUUGUUUUAAAUUGCAUAUUACAUGACUUAUUUUGCCUUAAAACUAGCAAAAAGUGAAUUGAAACCUAAAAUAUGAAAAGUUUGGGGUCCCGUCUGUUAGAAACAGCUUUUUUUCUGUACUUCAUCUUCCAUCUCAUUGCAUGGCUAAACAGCAAUUUAUUUUCGAUUAUCAUUUUACUGUUCUGUUUAUUUCAAACGCUUUAAUAUUCGUUUAAUAUUAGUUUAAAUCAUGGUUUAAAAUUUGAAAAACAUGACCAUUUACUUACCGGAGCUCCCCUUUGAAAAAAAUGUCAGUUUGACGUACACCUGCAGUACCUUGGAUAGUCUGCUAGAGGAUGCUGUCUCACAAACAAACAAACUGUAAUCCGGUUUUGGUGUUGCGUUCAGGGUCCGGUGGGUCGAGGCAACUUCUCUCUCUUUAAACAGGGUUACUACAAGGAUUAUUUUUUCCCUUUUCCUGGACAUUUUUAAACCAUUAAGCACUGAAUUAUGUAUCUUUAUAAGUUAUGUACCAAUUUCAUUUUAUUUUGUUUUAAUUUCUCUAGCGUGAGUUCCUCGUUGUGUUGUUGUGGUUGGAGUGUUUUUUCCCACCAAAUAAGAAAUGAAUUUAAAUUCAAGAAACACACAGAAAAAUCAAUUCAUACAGAAUGGACAUUUCACUUUUUUUUUUUUUUUUUUUAAUUCAAAUAAAAAAUAUUUUACUGAUAUAUGUUUUACUUAUUUUCUUUAAAUUCAAAUCAUUUUGGCAACAACAACAACAACACAUCUCUGUAUUAAAGACAUUUUGGGUCCUUGCCAGCACUGAAUGUAAAAGUAGAAACUAAUCAUUUGUCAUCUGUAUGAUUAGGAUGUGUGAAUGUGUGCGAGAUUGCUCUUGUAUGUGCGAAAGUGCAUUUUGAAAUAAACCAGCAAGUCAACACAAUCGGAAAACACAACUUUUUAAAAAUCUUGUGCUGAUUUGUUUUCCUUUGGGGAAUAGGAAUGCGUCACACGUGUGCGGAUGUGGAUGCAUCUGUGUUCGAGUAAAAAAAUACAUAAAGCUGACAUGUAUAGUCACAUUGAUAUGUAGGAUUUAAGUAAAAAGAACCUUGGGCUCAUAUGAAGCCUGGAGAGAGCACUUGAUCCGGCCAGCCUUCCAUUUAUAAUAUACUGUAAUUCAACUAUUAGAGGACAAAAAGUUUCCCAAGACCUGAUUUAAAUGAGUGACAAGUACUCAUUUUUCUGAGUAUAGGGAUCUUUAUAUAUUUGUCACCAGAAAAUAUUUCGGGAGAAACACUUUUGUUGUCAUAUUGUAAAUAAAAACAAUCCAAGAAUGCAAUAAAAGCUGACACAAGAGCGGCAACGCUAGCAUCUUAACUGAAAAUUGAAAUAAUUUGAUGUACAGAUCAUCUGUACCAGUUGAUUUUCUUCUGUUUUCCUUCAUCUACUGUUUCCAUAAAUCAUUCUGUUGGGUUGACAAUAAAUGAAGAAAAAAAAAAGUUUCCCGCUGACGAUCUCAAAGCUUAAGGCAAAAAUACGUCCGAAACAAUUGCAAAAUAUGAAAAAAGAGCUGAAAACUGAGAGCUGUUACUCCACAUUUUAAAGGAACUGUGUAUGUAAAAAUCAAAACAAUAGUAUGUAAUGUAUGUGAUUGAAAAUAAACAAAAUGUUUGAUCUUGGACAAA